CAGCGAAUGAGUAGUGUUCGUUUUAAGGGCGGGUCUUAGUGUUCAGGAAAUGGUUUCCAAGUGUUCUGCACGAUAAGCUAGAGAGGAGGAUGGAUGCCACCCAGCAGAUUGACGAUCCCUUCUCUGAAGAAGAAGAACAGGAAGAGGAAGAGGAGGAGAAAGGAGGACCAGAAAGAGAACAAUUGGCAACAUUAAAGGUGUUCAAAAACGACCACAUACCAGAGACAGAUUUCCCUCUCUACAUCGGAGAGAAUGUCAUCGGUCGUGAUCCUGCUGGCUGUUCUGUUCUGCUUCCGGCCCGAUCUGUAUCCAGUCGGCAUGCUGUCAUCUCCAUCUCAGAGUUCUGCUCUAGGAAAGAUCGUUUCGGUAACGGUGAUGAUGUAGAAGCACUUUUAUGGGACAUGGGCAGUUUGAAUGGAACCAGAAAAGGCAGAUUCAAACUGACGCCUCAGGUACGAUAUGCUUUGACUGAGGGAGAGAGUGUGGUGUUCGCUGAUGUGCCAUGUCAGUACAUUGUCCUGAACAUCUCAAAGAAAGAUACACGCAUAACUCCAGAGAAAGGAGGAGUGUCCAAAAAGGAGAAUAAUUCAAGUCCAGCGUUAUCAAGCAGUGACUCGGAGUCAGAGUUGAGUAAAGGUCUGCGGAAUAGGUUAAAUGUGAAAGAGAGGAGUGUUUUGCCUCCUGUGCCUUUAUGGAGCCCUGAGGAUGAACAACCCAAGACGAGUUCACCACAGCCAGCUCACAAACAGCCUGAGAUCACCCUGGUGCCUGAAUCGGACUCAGAUGGAGAGAAUGCCAUGGAUGAGAGGAAAGAUUUUGUUUCAGACUUGGCGUCCUCCUCUCAUCUGUGUAGUUCCACAAAUUCAUCAUUCCUGACCCCUGCAAAAAAAGUCAUUCCAGAGAGUGAGGAUGAAAGUUCCAUCACUCCUUCUUCAGCCUCCAUAAACUGGUUCAGACCGAGGCAAACCCCUGAUGAGCCCGGUUCAAACUCAUUUAAGCCUGGCUCUCUAGUCCUAAAUCUGGACAGUGACAUUGAUUUUGAAGAAAAGGACAUGGAGAAAAUCAAGCCUGAACCAGAGGCUCAGCCUGAAUUAGCUCCAAAGGUGGAACCAGUAUCUUCAGCUGAAUUUCAUAUGGACAGUGAUACUGAUGUUGAGGAAGAGGAACCAGAGGCUCAAGAAGCAAUAACUCUAGAGAAAUCUGUAUCUUCAGUUGGGCUUCAUAUGGACAGUGAUAUUGAUGUUGAAGAAGAGGAAGAGAAAAAUAAAACUGAAACAGAGGUUCAGAUUGAACAAGUUCCAAAAGUGGGACCACCAUCUUCAGCUGAUCUUCAUAUGGACAGUGAUACUGAUGUUGAGGAAGAGGAACCAGAGGCAAGUAAGGCUGAACCAGAGGCUCAAGGAGCAGUAACUCUUGAUAAAUCUGUCUCUUCAGCUGAUCUUCAUAUGGACAGUGAUACUGAUGUUGAAGAAGAUGAGGAAGAGAAAAGCAAGACUGAACAAAAGGUUCACACUGAAGAAGCUCCAAAGGUGAAAUCAGAUAUUCAUAUGGACAGCGAUACUGAUGUUGAGGAGAAUGAGGCUUAUGUAACUGAAAAUGUCUCCAAAAAGGAAGCAGUUACAGAAAGUCCUCCAUCAGCACCACAACAUACAGAAUUCCACUUGGACAGUGACACUGAUGUUGAAGAUGAUAAUCCCAUGAAGGUUUCCAUUACAACAGAGGUUUCACAUUCUGUUGGAGAGGGAAGUGAUGUCAGACCUACAUCAACUCCAGCGACAGAGCUCCACAUGGACAGUGACACAGAUGUAGAUGAAGAGAAUGAGGACAAGGAAAAGGUGAAGGCCAGAGAUCUUCUGUCUAACAGUGAAACAGAUGAUGAGGAUCCUUUUAAACCUUUACCAGACAAAGCUGUGAAGGCUGCACGGAGUCACAAGGUUUCUGUAGGUAGCAAAGCAGAGCAAUCAGAAAAGAGAACCCAUAAAAAACAAGACCAUCAUUCUCAUGCAAAGACUAGUCUUGAGGAACCAACCCAAGCUUUUGGCCACUUAGAAGAAGACUGGGACCUACUUCUCACACAAGCAUACGGGACUGCUGGAGCCAGUGCUUGGCACAAGCCAAAGCAGCUUGAUCUUGAGGCUACACAAGCAUAUGGAACAGAGACAGACAGGGAGGAAGAGCAGGAGCCUCUCAACCAUACCCAACUGUACUCCAACCUCUCAACUGCUGAAACUCAACUCAUCCAUGUAGCAAAGCCUGAUGAGGAGGAGGAGGAGGAAGAUAAAGACAGACAAAAUGACUCUCACCUUUCCACAGCUGACACUCUGAUCAUAGCCAGCACCCCAAAAAGAGAGGAGCAGACGCAGCCAUUUUCUCUCUUCACAGCCCAAACACAACUUGUCUGGGAGGGAGAAGACAAAGAGGUUUAUCAGAGUGAGCCCACCCAGCUCAUGACCGACACCAUCGAUGAAACGCACGAGGGUGAGGAGGAGACCAUGAAACAAGGUAGGAGAACCCGUGGUGGAGGAACGGUACACAAAGGUAAAAACACCAGCUCCUCUCUUAUAAUUGCUGAAACUCAGCCCAUGUGUGAGGAAGAAGAGGCAACAGAUGCAGAUCUGAGUGCGGACAGCUUUCAGAAACCAAGUACAAGACAACAGGCUGAGAAAUAUGAUUCUGCACAUCUUGCUGAAACCAACUUCAGCUCCCAUCUCACUAUAGCUGAAACGCAACCAAUGCGUGAUGAUGAAGAAGCACCAGAACAGGACAAUAUGGUCAGCAGUACUCGUAUAGAAAAACCUUCCAGUUCCCAUAUCAACAUCGCUGAAACACAGCCAAUGUUUGAGGAAGCUGAAGCACCAGAGGAUGAUCUGAACAAUGAGGUCAACAGAAGACAAACCGAAGGUGAGUCCAUACAUCAUAUUGAAAAAGCCUCUACCUCCAGUCGUGCCAUCCCUGAAACACAGUCUGUUGGUGAAGAUGAUGAGGGACAAGAGAAAGAGCUCAGCAGCAAGACGUCUAGCAGAAGAUCACGCAGGUGUAGACCAAAAAAAGAGAAGGAAGUCCCACAACCUGCCGAGGCUGUUGUCGAUCACCCUAUAACAGAAACCCAACCAAUGUAUGAGGAAAAACAAAUUGAGGAUCUUAAAAGUGAGGUUAGCUCUGGCAGACAGAGUAAAAGACAACAAGCACAUGAAUUGAAAUCUCCAGAACUUUCUGAAACGGACUUGAAAGCAUGUGACACUGUUGCUGAAACACAACCUAUGUGUGAAGAAGAGGCACCAUGUGAAGAUCUGAAUAAUGCGCUUAGCACCAGGCAAAUAGAUGAGGACAGAUCCACAGAAUUCCCAAUACCCUCGAGCUUCCAUAUCAGCGUAGAUGAAACACAGCCUAUGCAUGAGGAAGAUGAAGGACAGGAAAAAGACCUCAGCAGGAAGAUGUCAAGCAUAAGUUCAUGCAGGGGAAGACAAAAGAAAGACGACGAGGUAACAGAAACUGCUGAGGCUGCUGUUCAUCAGAUUAUCACAGAAACCCAACCAGUUCCUGAAGAAGUAAUUGAAAAGGAUGAAGAUCUGAACAGCGGAGUGAAAUCUAGGAGAUCCCGCAGAGGAAGGCCGAUAAAAGAGGACCGCAUUCCAAAACCUGCUGAAGCUGCCGUCAGCUCCCUUUCCAUUAACACAGAAACGCAGCCUGUUCAUGAGGACAGAACUGAAAGGGAUGAAGAUCUGAGUGGCAUCAGAUCCAAAAGACCCCGCAGAGGAAGACAAAAAGACGAACAUGAACCUGCACAGUCUGCUGAACCUAACUCUGAUCUCAGUGUUGUUGAAACACAGCCCAUGGUUGAAGAGAACGCCCAAGAAGAACCUAGUGGCAGAAGUAGCAGAAGACAGAGGAAAGACAAGACGGAGGUAGAAAGUGAGACAACGGCAUCUAGUAAAGUCCAAGGUAAAACUAGAAAAGGGCAGGAAGGAAAAAGAAAGAGGGGGAAAGCAUUGUCUGAGGACGAGGAAGAGAGUGAAGAAGAACAAAACACAAGGAGAGGAACCAGACGGACAGGCAUAAAACUGAAGUGUAAUGAAAAGGAAGAAGAGGAAAGAUUGGAGGAGAGGAAUGCCCAAGAAGAGAAAGAGAAGAUGGAGAAAGAGCUCCAAGAACAAGAGAAGACGGAGAGGGAAGAAAAGGAGAGACUGGAGUAUGAGAGAAAGAAGCAAGAAGAAUGUGAACAAAGGGAGAGGGCUGAAACUGAAAUGAGACAAAAACUAGAAAGAGAGCAAAAGGAAUUAGAGGAAAAAGAAAGACUGAAAAGGGAAGAAGAGGAAAAAGUGAAAAAAGAAAAUGAGAUAAUUCAGAGGGAAAAAGAGGAAAAAGAAUGCUUAGAGAGGUUGGAGAGGGAGAGGAGAGAACUAGAAGAACAAAGACGAAAAGAAGAAGAGGAAAGAAUUAAAAAGGAGAAGGAACAAAUAGAGAAGGAAAGACGAGAAAAUGAGGGACUUCAGAUGAGAGCAAGAGAACAAAAAAAGACAAAGGAGAGAAACCAUCAGAAAGAACAGAAGAAUGAGCGACUGGAGGAGGACAAGACAGAACUAGAAGCUCCUCUAGUUCCUCCAGCCAGACGAACACGCCGUUGCUCAAGCUCCUCUAUGAACUCGAAUCAGUCUGUAUCCUCACAACAGGAGGCGUCCAGCCAGAGGGGACGAGGGCGGGGCAGGGGGCGAGGCCAAGGGAAGCAGACAACUGAUGAGCAACCCAUCAAUGCUAGACAGUCUGGCAGGAGAGGAUCAGCUAGUGCAGUUGAAGACACAGAGCAGGACUCCAAUUCAACAACUCGUUCCCGUUCCCGCUCCAGUUCUAGAAGUUCUGAAAAAUCUGCUCAUAGUAUCGGACCUUCGAACCAAGGGGCGAGAGGAAGAGGAAGAGGCAGAGGCAGGAAGAGUACGAAACUACCUGAACCAGAAGAAGUUUCCCAAGCUAAAACUUCUGGAAAAGGCAGGGGAAGAGGAGGAAGGCGUUCUGGUGCGGAGAAUGUAAAUGUUGGAAUGGACAAUGAGCAUGAACAAGAUGCUGAGGUGGUGGAGGACAGCACUGCUGUGCCCCAAACCAACAGCAGAGGUCGUAAGAGAGCAGCAAACACUAGCGCAUCCCCAGAAGAGGCUCCUUCGCCCACACCCAAGACUUCAAGGCGCUCUGUGGCUAUUCAGGCGCACAAGGUGUUAUUCACUGGGCUGACAGAUCAGGAUGGAGAAAGAGUCGUCUCCCGGUUAGGUGGAAGUCUGGCUAGAGGAGUGAACGACAUGACUCACCUGGUGACUGAUAAAGCGAGACGCACUGUUAAGUUUUUGUGCGCUGUUGCCAGAGGGGUGCCAAUCGUGACUCCUGAUUGGCUAAAGAAGUGUGGAAAAGCUGGCCAUUUCCUUUCUACUGAUGAAUAUAUAUUGAAAGACGCCGAGCAGGAGAAAAAGUUUAGUUUCAGCCUACAGAAGUCACUGCAAACUGCUGAAAGUCAACCUCUUUUAAAGGGUUAUGAGAUUCACGUAACCCCUUCUGUGAUGCCGGAACCAUCUCAAAUGAAAGAAAUUAUCACCUGCUGCGGAGCACGCUUCCUCCCCAAAAUGCCAUCUGCUCACAAGGAGCACACUGUAGUGGUGUCAUGUGAGCAGGACAGGGCGCUUUGUGAUAAGGCAGUGAGUAUGUCAUUGCCCGUGGUCAGCACAGAGUUUCUAUUGACUGGCAUUCUGCAGCAGAGAGUUGACCUGCAGGCCUAUUCUCUCACUUCCUCUCUCAACACGUCCAAUCAGCCUGCGGCCCCCAAAGCUGCUGCCAGGGGCCGUAGGAAGUAAUGACAAUGACAUAGGAAAGGACUUUUGUGUAAUACAUUUGUUCCAGUCUAUGACAGAAUCUGAUACAUGUAUGUUUAAGUUCAGAUUGCUUAAGAUGAAUAUGUGCCGCAUAAUAUUUCAGUUUUAUGAAGACAAUAAUGAGUUAGAUGAGAUGCUGCUACACUUGUAACCACACGCCCACUGAUUCCUGUGAAUGUGAGAGCUGGAGAGUGUGAGGUGGAUGUCAAUGAAUGAUGAGUGUUAGUUAAGGGAGAAUGAGCUCCUCUCAUUUUUUAACAUAUUACUUCAAUAAACGCUUUCAGAGCCUAAAAUUAAGAAAUAUUGU